GGAGGCAGUCGAGGAUCCACAGAUUCCUUGCCCGGGGAACCUCGGCCCGCAGGGGACGAAGGGGAACCGGCGCGCAGUGUCGCAUCGGAGGCCGAGCAUCCUCCCACCUCCUCGCAGUCCUGCCUUCUGGGCCGCUGCCAACUUCCCUCAGCCCGGGAGCUCGAGGUGGCUGGAAAGGCUCAGGACGCGCCUUGUCCCCGCACCCGGCCCUCAUGGCGACCGUCGAGGGAGGCGCGCGGGCCACGUUCGGAGCCUGGGACUACGGAGUCUUCGCCCUCAUGCUGCUGGUGUCCACUGGCAUCGGGCUGUGGGUUGGGCUGGCGCGGGGUGGGCAGCGCAGCGCCGAGGACUUCUUCACCGGGGGCCGGCGCCUGACGGCCGUGCCCGUCGGCCUCUCGCUGUCCGCCAGCUUCAUGUCGGCGGUACAGGUGCUAGGCGUGCCAGCGGAGGCCUACCGCUAUGGCCUCAAGUUCCUCUGGAUGUGCCUGGGACAGCUGCUCAACUCGCUGCUCACUGCCCUACUCUUCCUCCCAGUUUUCUACCGCCUGGGCCUCACCAGCACUUACCAGUACCUGGAGCUGCGCUUCAGCCGCGCUGUGCGGCUCUGCGGGACCCUGCAGUACCUGGUGGCUACAAUGCUGUACACUGGCGUCGUAAUCUACGCCCCCGCGCUCAUCCUGAACCAAGUGACGGGGCUGGAUAUCUGGGCUUCACUCCUAUCCACUGGAAUCAUCUGCACCUUCUACACUACUGUGGGUGGCAUGAAGGCUGUGAUCUGGACUGACGUGUUUCAGGUCUUAGUGAUGCUGACUGGUUUCUGGGUUGUCCUGGCUCGCGGAACUGUGCUCGUGGGUGGGCCUGGACGUGUGCUUGAGCUUGCCAAGAACCACUCCCGGAUCAACCUGAUGGACUUUGAUCUGGACCCGAGGCGCCGCUACACCUUCUGGACUUUUGUCGUGGGUGGCACCUUGGUAUGGCUCUCAAUGUAUGGAGUGAACCAAGCACAGGUGCAGCGCUACGUGGCCUGUCGCACAGAGAAGCAAGCUAAGUUGGCCCUGCUCAUCAACCAGGUGGGCCUGUUCCUAAUCGUGUCCAGCGCUGCUGCCUGUGGUAUUGUCAUGUUCGCGCUCUACGUUGACUGUGACCCUCUCCUGGCAGGGCAUAUCUCUGCCCCAGACCAGUACAUGCCCCUGCUGGUGCUGGACAUCUUUGAAGACCUGCCUGGAGUCCCUGGGCUCUUUCUGGCCUGUGCCUACAGCGGCACCCUCAGCACUGCAUCCACCAGCAUCAAUGCCAUGGCUGCUGUCACUGUGGAGGACCUCAUCAAACCUCGGCUGCCAAACCUGGCUCCACGGAGACUCGUAAUCAUCUCCAAGGGGCUCUCACUCAUCUACGGCUCAGCCUGUCUCACGGUGGCGGCUCUGUCUUCCCUGCUGGGGGGCGGCGUCCUCCAGGGCUCAUUCACCGUCAUGGGAGUCAUCAGCGGCCCCCUCCUCGGAGCCUUUGUUCUGGGAAUGUUCCUCCCCUCCUGCAAUACGUCGGGCGUCCUGUCCGGGCUGGCGGCGGGCUUGGCGCUGUCGCUGUGGGUGGCCGUGGGCGCCUCUUUGUACCCGCCUAGUGCGCAGUCCAUGGGGGUCCUGCCGUCGUCGGCCGCCGGCUGCGCUCUGCCUACAGCCAACGCCUCUGGCCUCCAGGACCCGGUCCUUGCCGUCAACGCCUCCAGCACGGCCUCCAGCCUUGAAACGGACCCUGAACAACCCAUCUUAGCUGCAAGCUUCUACGCCAUUUCCUAUCUCUAUUAUGGUGCCCUGGGCACCCUGAGCACCAUACUAUGUGGAGCCCUCAUCAGCUGCCUGACUGGCCCCACCAAGCGCAGUGCCCUGGGUCCCGGUCUGCUGUGGUGGGACCUCACACGGCAGACGGCAUCGGUGGCCCCCAAGGAAGAAGUGGCUGCCCUGGAUGACAGCCUGAUGAAGCAGGGUGCUGAGGAAUUGCCUUUGGCAAUCAAGAAGCCUCCUGACUUCCUGUCCACUAAUGAGGACCAUCUGCUCUUUCUGGGGCAGAAGGAGGUGAAUGGAGCCAGCUCCAAGACCCCAGGCAGUGAACAUGACAAAGGUCAUGACCUGCGUGAGACGGACCUCUAAGCGGGGAUGGACCACCUGGGAUGGAACCUCAGGGGGGGCCAAUCCCAGGCCCCAGGCCACAGGGUUAGGGGUUAGGGUUAGGGUUAGGGUUAGGGCCCUCAGAGGGGCCAAUCCCAGGCCCCUGGCUGGACCACAUCAUAUGCAAAUGGGUUUGAGACUGUGUGUCCCCACCUUACCGGAAGAGGUGAAGCCCCACCUCCAGAAGGUCAUAUAAUGCAGCCUCCUGCUUCUAGCCCCUAAUCUUAGAUGCUGCACCCUGCCCCCUCUCCUAAAACAAGGCCAGACUUUUCUCUAACUACAGUAUGAAGUUGUUAGAUCCUCUCUGGACAACAUGGGGAAACCCCAGGCUCCACCUUGGGGUCUGAGAAAUAUCCCAGCUCUUCCCUGGGCGGGGGGGCGGGGGGGGGAUCUGAAUCUUAGCAAUGAUUUUGGAGGUCCUGAGGCCCAACCCCUAUACCCACUUUACAGGUGGAUGCUGAGGCCUGGAAAGGGGCAUUGACUUGGCCAAGGUCACAAAGCCAACCAGAGACUCAUGGAGAGCAGCUCUCCUUCCUUCAUCCCCUCCCUGUUUUCCUCCCUGUGGAGGGACAGACAUCACACAUGCUCUGAUCUUGGGGACAGGAGGGGAGGAAGAAGGAGAAAUAACAUCUUCAGCGUCUAGACACUUUAUGCAUCUCAUUUAUUAAGGACCAUGAACCCACUUCACAGAGGAAGAAACUGAGGCUCAGCGAGGUUGCCUGAGGUCACACAGGGAGUUGGGUCGGGGUAGGGAUAGGCCUGGUGCUGCAUGAUGCUGAGGCUCCAUUGACAACAUGUCACUGGUGUUCAGGGUCAGAUGGGCCCGGCUAGCUCAUGUGCCAGGGGCUUCGUCCACAUCGAAUAAAGGGACUCUCGAUGUUCUGGUCUCUCUGGAAAAGCAUUCUGGUCAUUGCCUCAGAUCUCCUCAGUCUGAGUGUGGGUCUCUGUAUCCCUUGCCUCAAGCCUGCAAAGAAUAAACUUGCGUAUUUAAAGCA